AUGGACGCUUCAGCGUUACAUCGCAACUCUCCUUCAUCUACCUUUGAAGAAGAUCAUAUUCUUCCCGCACUAGAAAGACGGCGGAAAGAAGGAUCACUUCGAAAAUUACAGUUCUCUCAUCAAGUCGGUGCCAUUGAUUUCUCCAGCAACGAUUAUCUUGGGUUGGCGCAAUCACGACAGCAGUUCCAAUUGGUGGAAAAAACCUUUCAAAAACAACCACAACAUGUUCCUCGGUUGGGAUCCACAGGAUCUCGCCUCUUGACGGGAGAUUCUGAUUACACUCGCUCACUGGAAGACAAGCUAGCCAAAUACCACAACAGUCCAGCAGCUCUACUAGCGAAUAGUGGAUACGAUGCCAAUCUAGCCGUACUGUCAACCUUAACCAUGAACAAUCUGGUUCUAAUGGAUGAACUCUGUCACAACAGUCAACAAAUGGGAAUUCGAUUGAGCCGAGACUGCGAUGUGAAGCAGUUCCAACACAAUAAUGUAGAAGAUUUGGAACGACUACUCAAGGAAGCUUCUCCUGGAAGACACUGUAUCAUUGUCGUUGAAACUGUGUACAGCAUGGAUGGGGAUCGAGCGCCAGUGGUAGAGCUAUUCGACAUGGCACUGCGGUAUAAUGCUUGUGUCAUUGUUGAUGAGGCACAUGCUCUAGGUGUUUUUGGAGAGAAUGGAAUGGGUGUCUUGUCCGAGUUUGGUUUGGAGAACCAUCCUUCUCUGUUAUGUUCCGUUCACACCUUUGGCAAAGCGGCGGGUUGCCAUGGGGCGGUAAUCUGUAGCUCCCAAAAUGUGAAGGAGUACCUACUGAAUUAUGCUCGCCCCAUCAUAUACUCGACCGCCGUUGGACUUCAUGCAUUGGUGACCAUCGAAUGCUCCUAUGAAACGAUGCGGAACCACAUUGGGAAACGACUUCGAAGACAGGUAUACCGUGCGGUGCAACUCUUCCGAAGACUGUUGCUGGAGCAGAGUGCAAAAUCAGGUAGGCAGAUUCAAUUGAUAUCGUCGAUAUCUCCCAUUCAAGCCCUGGUGGUUCCUGGGAAUCAAAAUUGUUUGGAUUUCUGUCAGCGUGUGGCUUAUAAGACCGAAGGGAAUAUCAAACUUUUUCCAAUACGGAGUCCCACCGUUCCAAAAGGACAGGAACGAGUUCGUGUGAUUAUACAUGCUCACAAUACCGACCAGGAGAUCCAGCAACUGGUGGAACUAAUGGUGUCGACGCUGAUGGGAAUGACACCAGCUGAUGGUCUCCUUACGUCUGGCAAAUCUAAUUUUUCUGCUAGACAUGAUGUCAUGAGAUCAAAGCUAUAG